ACCAUGGAACGCUUGGGGACAGUGGACCCCGAAGAUGAUUCGGGAUUAUUACCGCGCCUUGCGCCGAGUCCCCACAGUGAAGCGGUUGCUCAUGAAUUCCAAGAACUCUCCUUGCAACCCAUCCAGUGUUUACCUCCCCUUAACGAAAGGAAGAAUGUACUUCAACUGAGGCUACAGCAACGGCGGACACGCGAACAGCUGGUGGACCAGGGAAUCAUGCCACCUUUGAAGAGCCCAGCUGCAUUCCAUGAGCAGAUAAAGAGCUUGGAAAGAGCCAGGACUGAAAAUUUUCUGAAGCACAAGAUCCGCAGUAGACCUGAUCGCUCUGAGUUAGUCAGAAUGCACAUUCUGGAAGAGACAUUUGCAGAACCUUCUCUACAGGCAACUCAGAUGAAACUGAAGAGGGCUCGGCUGGCAGAUGACCUGAAUGAGAAGAUAGCUCAGAGGCCUGGCCCGAUGGAACUUGUGGAAAAAAACAUCCUUCCUGUUGAUUCCAGUGUUAAAGAAGCUAUUAUAGCAGUCGGAGAGCUAAAGGAGAGCUAUCCUCAAGCUUUGGAAGAUUUCUUAUUCGACGACGACAGCAGCGAUGCUUUGUCUCCCGAUCAGCCAGCUAGUCAAGAGUCUCAGGGCUCAGCAGCAUCCCCUGGUGAGCCCAAAGUGAUGGAAGCACCAUCCCCAGUCACACCAGCCUCCUCUACUAACCAGUGUCCUCCAUUAGCAUCAUCAGUAUCUGAAUUUCUGAAACCAUCUGUCACCAAUCAGCACACUACACGUCCGACAACUGCUGCUCCUCUUACCACAAAUGCCGUUUCUUCAGUAAAACUCUGCAGUGGGCCAGCUCUAGUAAAGCAACCUCACCCCAAGAACCCAAGCGACAAGCCUCGGAACAAGAAAUGCAAGGACCCCAAGCCCAGAGUGAAGAAGCUCAAGUACCACCAGUACAUCCCCCCUGACCAGAAAGGUGAGAAGAACGAGCCACAGAUGGACUCCAAUUACGCCCGCUUGCUCCAGCAGCAGCAGCUUUUCUUGCAACUGCAGAUCCUGAGCCAACAGCAACAACACUACAACUACCAGACGAUUCUUCCUGCCCCACUCAAGCCAGUGAGUGACAGCCAGAGCACCAGUGGGAAUGCACCAUUGACAUCUUUGAACAAUAGCACAGCAGCAACCAAUAUGCAAAGACAGAACAAUACUAUCUCCAAUAGAAAACCAGGACCUCUGCCCCCUAGCUUGGAUGACUUAAAGGUAGCUGAACUGAAAAUGGAACUAAAGCUAAGGGGAUUGCCCGUGUCUGGAACUAAAAUGGAUCUUAUUGAGCGUUUGAAACCCUACCAGGAUCUUAAUAAUAAUUCCAUCAGCACAAGCAACGCACCAAACACAACAACGUCUGCUAACAGUAUAAGUAAUCCUGGGGAAGUAGCUGCCAUAUUCCCUGCCAGUACAUUAAAUAAGCCAGCAGCUACUUCUGUUCCCUGCUUUUCUUCAGAAACCUCAUCUGUCGGAACUAGCAGCAAAUCAACGUAUAUGGAGUGCCUCAAUUCCCCUCUGCCUAUUUCCCCAUCUCCUUCAGAGCAAUCGAACCUCAGCACUGACGAUGCUAACAUGGCAGACACUUUGACCGAGAUCAUGACCUUGAUGUCACCACCGCAGCUUCCAAACACGUCGCCUACAAAUGAAGAUCGCCACCUUAGCGGAAGCACGCCGUGCACAGAGCUUGCGGCAGCGGAAAAGGACCGCAGGCUUAAAGAAAAAGAGAAGCAAAUUGAAGAGCUCAAGAAAAAACUGGAACAGGAGCAGAAGCUCGUGGAAGUGCUGAAAAUGCAGCUUGAAGUAGAGAAAAGGGGUCACCAGCAGCCCUCGCAAGCCCCCACCAGUUUAGCACCCAUUUUGAAUCAGAAGCAUGCCGGCCCUGUCAUCAAAGAGGAAGGCGCUUUAGCAGAUUGUUCUGACGGAAGACGGUCACUCUCUGAAGCCAGCCCAUCUUUAGGACAACCCACUUUGGUGGGGGUCCAGAAUCUCAUUGCCAAAAAAGCUCUUGUUAUCAAGCAGGAGGUUCCUUUGGCCAAAGCGGAACCCCAGAAUAUCAUAUCACAGUUUUAUGUAAGCUCACAGAGGCAGCCUCAGACAGCCAUGGUGGCUCAGCCUCAGACUCUACUUACUGCACAAGGAACAGCGCAGCUGCUUCUGCCGCUUUCUCUCCAAGGUCCAAAUCCAGCCGCUUCAGUGCAGCUCCCCGUGGGCAAUGUCCAGGUACAGGCUCAACCACAACCAGGAAUUCCAAGUGUGGCACAAAUAUCAGCUUCUUCCAGCUUGGUCCAGAAAAUGCCGCAGAUGCAUACUUCACCCCCCAAACCAAACAGUCCCCCACAGCAUGUACUUGGUCAGACCUCACAGAACCGAAAGGUAUUUUCUUCUACCUCACCAAAUGCCGUGUUCUCCUAUCAAAACCAGUCUCUGGCAACCCUACAGCAGCCUUUGUUCAAUCAGGCCUCAAGUGCCGCAGUUCACUCAGGAAGCCAGGUCCCUUUGGUGCAGAACGGACCCAGCACUCCUCAGAAGCCUGCCUCCCCAUCUGAGCCCCAGCAGUACGGUGGACAGCAGCCUCUGUUCAGCCCUUCAGUAACCAAGGCAAAAGAUCCCCCACGCUAUGAAGAAGCCAUCAAGCAGACUCGCAGCGCUCAGGCUUCUCAACGAGAGAUUUCCAGUGCACACAGCCAGCAGAUGGACGACCUCUUUGAUAUCCUCAUUAAGAGCGGAGAGAUUUCCCUGCCUACCAAGGAAGAAUCUUCCCUGAUUUCCAAAAUGAGACCAGUCACCGCCAGUAUCACCACAAUGCCGGUGAAUACAGUGGUGUCUCGCCCACCCCCGCAAGUCCAAAUGGCCCCUCCCCUCUCCAUAGAAUCAAUAAGCAAUUUCUCUGUAUGUCUGGAGAACCAGCUGGAAGCUCUCUUGGAAGGAACUUUACCUUCAGGGAACGAAAUGCCUCCGAUGACAAAUAGUAAUGAGGACAGAGAAUCUUUCUCUCUCAUUGAAGACCUUCAAAAUGACCUCCUUAAUCAUUCGGGCAUACUAGAUCAUUCACAAUCACCUAUGGAAACAUCUGAUUCACAGUUCACUACUACAGGUUCCUGUUUAUCUCUUGAUCUUCCAGACACAAAUUUAGACAACAUGGAAUGGCUAGACAUUACCAUGCCAAACACUUCGUCGGGAUUAACUCCUCUGAGCGCAACCGCUCCGAGUAUGUUUUCGGCAGACUUCCUCGAUGCCCAAGACUUGCAGUUGCAUUGGGACUAACCGAAAUGGCAAAGCAUCCUGGACUGUGGUUUUUAAAAGAUCUAUUUACAGUACAGGUCCAUCGUUUCAUUCCCCUUAGGUUUGGGAAUUAUCUUUUAAACGAUCUUUAGGGACGAAAUUUUUUGUUUAAUAUAAAAAGUGCUUCUAGAUAGCAAGGACAAAAGUGUUUGAGAAUGUUCCUCUAAGAUGAAAGCAUAAGAAAGAAGGUUUUGUGGCCUUCUGAAUGAUUUAUCACUGGCAAGCAGUUAAGAGAAAUUAGAAGAAAGAAAAAUAGUUUGUAGCAAGGACAGCAAAGAGUGUUUGAGUGAAGGCUUAAUAACAUUGCACCUGAUUGUUCCUGUGGACAGCCUGAGCCAAGCUUAAAAUGCAUUUUUGAUAGGGCUGGCUGAGUCAACUGAUGGGAUUUUUAGGCAGAGUUUAAACUGACUGCAUUUUGGAACACUUCCUGACUUUUUAAAGAAAAUCCCUCACAAGCCCAUGUGUUUGCUUCAUAUGCUUUUAGUUUCAAAUCUCAGUCUAAUACAUCAGAAUGUGUCUGGGGGAAAUAAAGGAAGUGCAGUGGCAUACACCAAAAAUGCACAAUGGGCCAUGUGUUUUGGAAACAGGAAAUAUUUGGGAAAUGCUCAUUUUACUCCUGGGUGACUAAGUAUUUUCAGACCAUUGUGUGUAUAUUUGCAAACCAAUUGUUCUUCUCUUCAUUUAGACAGGAUUUCCUCCUAAGAUCUAGACAGAUAGCUUAUAUAAUUUUAUCUGAAUAUCACUUUGGGAGGUAGGGUCUGCAGCACCUGUUUUCCUCUCAGACCUCUGAAUUUUUCACUUUUAAAAAUAUUUUAAAUGAACAGUAUAAAUGACAGGUGCUCCUUCUCCCUGAUGUAAUGAGGUUUGGCGUACCUAAAAAAAUACUGUAAGUCAGGAUUCUGUCAAACAUAUCUGUGUGGUGCUAGGAAUUCUGUAAGACCUGUAAAAGUGGCCAUAUACAAAGAUUGGACCACUAUUGUCUCUCCUAAUUGCAUUUUAGCUGAAGAUGCUAGGAACUGAACCGAACAGCUCCAGUGCACUCUCUUCCCAAAGAUUAUCAGAGCCCAUUCUUUCUUUGAGGAGAAGGGAGAAGAAGAGAUCUUAGGUUGCAGAAGUAAACAUACGGCCUACCUUUGCUUUCAAGCUUUCUAUUUCUCUGCAUUAGCAGUAUUUUUUUUUCCAGAACCAUGGUCUCCUCUCAGUCUAGAUGCAACAAAAUUAUUUAAUGCUCAGAAUCAUAGGCCGUGAUGAUGAUUAUUUUAGACUGUUGCUGUUGACCAACAGUCUUAGGGUGUUUGGGACUUUGUUUAAAAAAAAAGUUGUAUCUUUGAAUCCCAUUGAGUUGGCAUUAAAAGCAUGAAUUGGCAGUGACAAAUCUGAAUCAAUCCAAUUCGUAUCUGUGUAGCUUGGCAAUUACUCAGUUAGGAUGUAGCAUCUUUGAGCAAAAGUGGGGGAGUGCUCCAAUACAGAGUCAAAGCAGAGCAGAAAAAAGACGGUGCGGUGGGGGGAAAGUUUUUCAUAAUGUUUCACUCAAAGAAACCAACAUGUUUUGCAUGCCGCUUCGUCAGCGGAGGCAGGCAAUGGCAAACCACCUCUGUUUAUCUCUUGCCUUGAAAACCCAUGGGCUGCAACUUGACAGCACUUUACACACUGUCGGUGCAGUCCUAAGCAGAGUUACUCCAGAGUUGAUUUCAAUGGGCUUAGACUGGAGGAACUCUGCUUAGGAUUGCACUGUGUCUUUGCAGUUAGUUUACUCUUAAACAGGGAUUUUUUUCUGGGAAAAGAGGUGGUGGAACUCAGUGGGUUGACCUUGAAGAAAAUGGUCACAUGGCUGGUGGCCCUGCCCCCUGAUCUCCAGACAG